CCCAACUCUCUCUUCCUACCAUGACCGUCUCACUUUUGGCUUCUCUCUGCAGAAACCACAGAUGAGUGCCUUUUGAUCAUUUUCAUCUCUCUCUUUCGAGAGAAUCAGACUACUCACCAAUUCAUUCAUCAUGUUCAGUUCUUAUGACAUAUAAUUGAUUACAAGGAUUUUCUCGAUGGGGGGAGCUUGUUCUAGGAAGAGAGAUCAACGAGAGGAAGAAGACAAUUUAAAUGGAGGAGGAGGGGUUUCUAGAAGAUACUGCAAAAGUGGGAGUUCCAAGUGGUUGGCAACCUCUUUCACUAGACCUGCUGUUGAUUUUCAGCCAGGAAAUGGGAAGUGCCCAUCUCUCUUGGACUUGUGCAUCCGUAAGAUAAGAGAGGACAUUGAUAAGUAUGACACCUUCUCAAUGCUCCCAAGGGACAUUAGUCAGCAGAUCUUUAAUGAACUGGUGUAUUCCCGUUGCCUAACUGAGGUCACCCUUGAAGCUUUUAGGGAUUGUGCACUGCAGGAUCUUUACUUGGGAGAAUACCCUGGAGUGAACGACAGUUGGAUGGACGUCGUCUCAUCACAGGGUUCGUCCUUACUUUCUGUGGAUCUGUCUUUUUCGGACGUAACUGACAGUGGGUUGAUUCACCUGAAAGAUUGCACAAAUCUCCAAGCAUUGAACUUUAAUUACUGCGACCAAAUUUCAGACCAUGGGCUGGAUCACAUCAGCGGUCUAUCUAACUUGACGAGUUUAAGCUUUAGAAGAAACAAUGCUAUUACUGCCCAAGGAAUGAGUGCCUUUGCUGGACUCGUCAAUUUGGUCAAGUUGGAUCUGGAGCGAUGUCCUUGGAUUCAUGGUGGGCUUGUUUAUCUUAAAGAUUUAACAAGGUUGGAAUCUUUGAAUAUCAGUUGGUGCAACUGCAUAACGGAUGCUGAUAUGAAGCCUCUCUCAGGGCUUACAAACUUGAAAGGAUUACAAAUUUCCUGCAGUAAAGUCACAGAUUGUGGCAUUUCUUACUUGAAAGGUCUUCACAAUCUCUCUCUAUUAAACUUGGAGGGAUGCCCAGUUACUGCUGCAUGCUUGGACUCUCUUUCAGCUCUUACAGCUUUGCAAUAUCUGAAUCUAAGCAGAUGUUGUCUUACUGACAAUGGAUGUGAUAAAUUUUCUCGACUCGUGAAGUUGAAAGUACUAAAUUUGGCCUUCAAUGACAUCACAGAUGCUUGUUUGGUGCACUUGAAAGGUUUGACAAAUUUGGAGAGCUUGAACUUGGAUUCUUGUAGGAUUGGUGAUGAGGGCCUUGUAAAUUUGACAGGUCUUCAGCAAUUGAAAUGUCUGGAGUUGUCGGAUACUGAGGUUGGGAGCAAUGGGCUCCGCCAUUUAUCUGGUUUGGUUAAUCUGGAGAGCAUUAAUCUAUCAUUCACUGUAAUUACUGACAGUGGUUUACGGAAGCUGUCUGGACUUUCAUCUCUAAAAUCUCUUAAUUUGGAUGCUCGCCAAAUUACAGAUUCUGGACUAGCAACUCUUACAAGUUUGACCGGACUACAACAUUUGGAUCUUUUUGGAGCUCGUAUUACAGACUCUGGAACAAAUUACUUGCGAAACUUUAAGAAUCUGAGGUCCCUGGAAAUCUGUGGCGGAGGACUGACCGAUUCUGGAGUAAAGAAUAUCAGAGACUUGUCAUCCCUUACAUUGUUGAAUCUGUCUCAAAACUGCAACCUGACAGACAAAACCUUGGAGAUGAUUUCAGGGCUGACAGGGCUGGUCUCUUUGAAUGUGUCAAAUUCCCGCAUUUCCAGCUCCGGACUUCGGCAUUUGAGAACACUGAAGAAUUUGAAGUCGCUGACGUUGGAGUCCUGCAAGGUUUCAGCGAACGACAUCAAGAAUCUUCAGUCGAAUCACCUCCCUAAUCUGGUAAGCGUCCGACCUGAGUAGUUAUGGAGGUAGUAGCAGACUCUUAAGCAACUCUCAGCUUGCAGAAAUAACUAUCGUAUCUAUAAGAAAGAAGGCAAGAAGACAAGUUGAUAAAACUGUAGUUAUGAUUUGGGACCGCCAUGUGUCUACCCGAUGUAUAAUAACCUCUAUGCUUAAUGUGAAGGUUUCUUCUGAAUCGUAAUGGAUUUAGAAGAAAAGUGUGUGCACAAAAAGCUUCCUAGGCACGAGUCUUUCAAGCAACUUUCUUUGUUUGUGUCAGAAGGAAAUUUUUGUACAUAAUCUUCUGCUGUGACCGUUGGUGACGUGCGACUUUUCUGUAUAGUUAUCUAUCUCACACGUUGCAGUCAAUGUAUUUGUCUGGAUUUUUUUUUUUUUUUUUGGGAGGCAUUGCUAGCUUUCCCCAGGCCUCUCUGUCUGGAAAUUAGCUUGCAUGCAAAUGGUAAAUAAUAUUCCGCUCAAGAUGUUCCAAUCACAUGGUUUUAUUUUA